GACAGACAGAUAUAGACUGCUGCCUGUCAAACCUGUUGUCACUUCUCCAGACAAGUUUAGCUGUCUACUUUGUAUUUAGAGAUCGAACUGCAUUCUACUCAGCUGCCAAAAUGAUGGAAGAAGUGUCUAUUGCUGUGGCCUAUGAUGCCCAUAUUAUUGACCAGAUGUCAGAGGAGGAGAUCCUGGCUAGUCUAGUAGUGGAAACGCUACCAAAACAAGUGGUGCCCUCUAAAAAGCCAAAAUUAAGAGAUAACCAAACGCAGCCAGAAGACCCACUCGACAAGUAUGAGAGAGAAAACCGUAAGCUUCAGGAGACAAGUUUGCGCCUGGAGCAGGAGAAUGAUGACCUUGCACAAAAACUUGUCACCAGCAAGAUUGCCCUAAGGAAUGCAUUAGAUAAGACCGAGGACCAGGUGGAUGAAUUAACCAAGGAGCUAUUGAAAACCAAACAGCUUCUGAUGAUUACAGAGGAGGAGAAACGGGGAAAGGAGGAGGAGGCUUCACAGCUGAAAGAGAUGUUUAGGAAAGAGCUGGACAAAGCAGAAGCAGACAUUAAGAGAUCAAACAACAUCAUUGCUGACUACAAGCAGAUUUGCUCUCAACUGAAUGCUAAACUUGAAAACCAGAAGGCUCAAGCAGACAAAGAGCUGGAAGGUAUCAAGAGCAAGAUGCUGGAGUGUGAGCGGUGUAGACAAAUCUUUAGCAUGGAUGGAACGAUUCAGCUGUGCUCUGAGAGUGACAAUACCUGUGCUCAGGAUGAAGUGAAAGCCUCUCUCAGAGAACAGGUCCAAGAAUUAGAGAGAGAGCUGGCCCAGACCAAACUACAAAUGGUGGAGUCCAAAUGCAAGAUACAGGAGCUGGAGCACCAAAAUGCACUUCUGACGACUGAACUUCAGGCUGCUAAAAACACAUGGCUCAAAAAAACUUUGGGCUCUUUCAGGACAGCUGCCAACGGCCAUCAGAACUCCUCACAAACAGAUCCUGCCUGGAGCCCUGCUAAUAACCCCCACUCCAGCUGGGUCACCAGAAGGCUCUCCUGGGCCCAUCGAGAAGGGAGAGCAGCUAAAGUAUGAAAAGGUUAAGCGUAGUGGUGGAGAAGAAGAGUAUUUAAUGAGAGCACUCCUGAAAUGAGUCUCACAUAUGAUGAGAAGGCUGUUCCCUCAAACCAGAGGACAUUAUAGAUCCGAAUGGUUGUAAACAUUGGGAAUGAGAGGAUUCUCAAAGGAUGGGUGCCAGCAGGAAGCAAUAUCUGCCCCUCUAGAGACGAGUGUAUCAGAUCAGUUGCUUUUAAGGCUCACAUAAUCUCACAUGAACACUAUAUUGUUUUUAUGUAUUACUGUGAGUUUAACCAUAGUAUUUUACAAAAGUCACAAUGCAAAAAGUUUUUUUGCCAGUGAACCUAAAAAUUUCCUCAUGUAUCAUUUAAAUAAACGAAUGUUUUUAAUUUAAUUUCACUUAAGUAACCUAACUACAUUUGGUUGCAUCAACAAAAGUAAUUUUAUGGUUUAUGGAUCAAGUACAAACUGCUGUUAAAUGUAACAAUUGCCUUGUAACGCUUUUUAUGGUCCACUGUUGGUACUGUACUGGUACUGUGAAUGUAUUUCUUGUUCUACAACAAAUAAACUAUAUGAAGUAAAGACAGUUAUCAACAUAACAACAAAAAGACCUUUAUUUCCACCAAUUGUUCACUUAUACAGCAAAUAAAGUUUAAAGCACAAAUAGUUUGUAUGUUUAAAGUAACAGCAGAAAUAAUAGCAGACCUUAUAAUAGAUUAUUUCUGGAUAAAAGCACCUACCAAAAUGAAUAAAUGUAAGUGCAUAAAACAUAAAAAGAGAUGAGCUUGUGACCUAAAACAAUAUAAACAAGUAAACAUGGAUGUAAACGGAAAGAUACGAUUUGCUAACAUGCAUGCAGAAUCUUUAGGUCAGACAGGGAAAACAGACUGAGCUCUACUCAGACCGCUCAUCUGGAUUGUAAAGAUUAUCAAAAUAGCCCUCAGU